UAGGGUGUAGACUGCUAACAUGGCCAUCUACACUGCAUCGUGAGCACGAGACGUGUCUAUUCCUGUGUGCAGCUGUGUGGCUCAGUGCAGACAAUGGCCUCCAGCAGUGUGGUCCCCAGCCCUGCCAGCAGAACCCUUUUUUUUUUUUUUUAAGAUUUUAUUUAUUUAUUUGACAGACGGAGAUCACAAGUAGGCAGAGAGACAGGCAGAGAGAGAGAGAGAGGAGGAAGCAGGCUCCCCGCUGAGCAGAGAGCCCGAUGCGGGGCUCGAUCCCAGGACCCUGAGAUCAUGACCUGAGCCGAAGGCAGAGGCCCCAACCCACUGAGCCACCCAGGUGCCCACCAGCAGAACCCUCUUUAUGGGGGUGCCAAGGAGACCCUUCCAGAAAGCUCAGGCUGACAGGCAGGGGUUGCUGGGCAUAUGGAGCUGCCACCCAAGAGGGGCUCCUCCCGUCCUCCUAGUCCCUCGAUCAUACCUUCAACACAAAACAAGGCUGCGACCCACUGAAGGCAGUGUGGGUCCUUGUCACGUUGUGGCUGAACGCUGGGUCACUGUUCACCUUCGCCGGCUUCCAGCAGCGGCCCUGCCCUGCCUCCUCGCUCCCCGCUCUCCCUCCCCCGCCUCCCCUCCUGCUUUUGUAGAAGGCUGCCUGGAAGCAAGAUUUCUCCUUCCAUAGCCCCCUUGCCAGCCUGCCCAGGCCCUUUGCCCAUCCAGCCCGCCUCACUGGAUCCCUUUGGUUAGUCCUGGAGACUGAUUAAGACCAGGAGCAGCCAGGGGUCAAGUGCCGCAGCCAGGGGUGGCUGCCUCCCACCAUUCAGGCUGCGAGCUUCCUGGCCAGCGAGGUCAGCUGCCUGCUGAGCCCCCUCCUGAGAUGACACAGGCCCCACCCUUCCUCCUCCUCAGCCCGGCCAUUUGGCAGCUGAAAAACUGGAGGUUUGGAGAGAGUAAGACAUUUGACAAGAGACCCACUCCAGCGACUAGCUCCUCGGGGACGCUGGGGUUUGAACCCAGGUCUGGGGCAGGUCCGCCUGCAGCUCUGAGACCUCCAUCCCUGCACCCAGAUCUGCAAUCGCGUCGCCAAGAGGUGGGACCGAUCUUCCUGCAAACCUGAGGGGGUGUGUUGUGAGGCUGGCGCGCAGGCAGAAAAGGGGCCGCCGCGUCCAGAAAACCCUCGGAGUGGCAGCACCAGCUUGCCGCCCCAGCUCCCCGCGUCCCCCCAACCGUGCCCCUUACUCCCUGGCGCCCCCCCCCCACCCCCGCCGCCCAGCUCACCAAAUCCCAGCCCCCGCUCCCCGGCCGGCCUCGCCUUCUCCCCGCUCCCCGACUCUCUCAACCCCGAGGUCCCCUCUGCUCCCCAAAUCCCCGGCGCCACUCCCGGACUGCAUGGCCUGGUUGGGCGCGCUGCUCCUGGCCGCCGCCCUGGGCGCGCUGCUCAGCUUCGCACUGCUGGCGGCCGCCGUGGCCAGCGACUACUGGUACGUCCUGGAGGUGGCGGACGCCGGCAACAGCACCGGGCGGGCCGCGCGGCUGUCCUCGCACUCGGGGCUCUGGCGCGUCUGUGAAGGGCAAAACAGCUGCAUCCCCCUGAUCGAUCCCUUUACCAGCGGGAACCUGGAUGUCCCCACCUCAGUGCAGCACCUCAUCUCCCUGCACAGAGCUGUCAUGGUGACCCUGCCCCUGAGCCUCGUCCUCGUCGUGUGUGGCUGGAUCUGUGGCCUCUUGGGCUCCCUGACGCGGAGCGUGGUCCUCCUCCUCUUCACCGGCUGCUACUUCUUGUUAGGAGGUGCCCUGACCCUGGUAGGGGUCAGCGUCUACAUCAGCUACUCCCACCUGGCCUUCGCCGAGACUGCCCGCCAGUACGGCCCCCGGCACGUGCAGGACAUCCGCAUCAGCUUCGGCUGGUCUCUAGCCCUGGCCUGGGGCUCCUGCGCCUCUGAGGCACUCAGCGGCUUCCUCCUGCUCGUGGCAGCCCGAGCCCUCAGCCUCAGCCGGCAGCCGGGGGACCCCCACUCUGUGGUCAUCUGAGUCCCAGAGGGGCAAGUGGCAGGGGCGGAGGACACAGUUUCCCUUUGCAUCUGCAGGCCUGGCUGGAGAUCUUGUUGGGAGGGGCACCUGCGGGGUGGGGGACUGGGAGCAGAGCCAAGGAGCCAGGUUCCUGUUGCCUGGCAAAGCCGGAUGUUUUGGGGGCCCCCUGCCCAGUUUAUGCCCUUUAGGGACUAACUGGUGUGAAUGAGAAAAGGGAGUCCCAGAAGAGUCAGCAAGUGACCCAAAGGAACGUUAACGGGGUCGGGGUGGGGGUGCUGCAGGUUCCCGGUGCUCAGCAGGUCCCCUUGCCUCUCGAGGACAUGGCCUGCCCUCGCCCUCCCCCAGCAGCCCUGGUGUGCCCCGCGGUCCUCCUUCCUGGGGCCCCGGGGCAGGUUGCAGGAGCUGCCCGCUGUGCUGGGGAGGAGGGAGUGUGGAGUUAGGCGCCGAGCCCAGUGUCACCCGCGCAUUUGUGUGUCCCGUCCUCCGGUCGCCCUUCACGCUAGCGACCUUCACCCGUUUUACAGAAGGGGGCUCCGAGGUCCAGACCACCCCGGAGCACGGCGGCAGGGCCAGACGCCCCUCCAGGCUGGCGGGCCUCCCAGGCCUCUGUUCAGUCCCCUGGCUCGAGGGCAGGUGUUGGCGGGGAGGAUCCUGGGCUGGGGGAGGGGGGGGGAGCCCGGAGUCUCCUGGGAUUUGCAAGGGCAGCUGAGUGGGCCGGACACACCCUGCCCCUCCCUGGUCUCGGGCCUCCGUCCUUGUCCUGGGGCGUUGCUGCUUUUGCUGGACCCCAUCCUCCCAUCUGCAGCCCCCCGGGGGCGGGGGAAUGUCUGUG